CUGGCAGCCACGGUCGAUGCCGGUGAGGAGGGGGGGAUGGGCGCCGCUGCAAAUGUUGAAGACCUGAGCUAGAAUCACAGCCUUGUAACACACAGAGCUGUACCUACCCCAAAUAAAUAACGACUAUAAUUAUUAUAAAACAUUAUAAAUGGAUGCAACCAGCCGGGAUUCAAAAUAACACUUGAAGGAAGUGCUAUGACCCAAACAGAAAAGGGUAUGAAACUUUCACCCACUGCGUGAGGGACAUUGAGAAGUUUGGAAGGUACCCCGGGAGAGGGAGCUGCCUCUCGGCUUACAGCUCGCAGGAAACGCCGAGGUCACAAGAAGAGGCCUUGUAGUCUGAUUCGUUUUGAUGUGGGAAUAUUUAAAUACAGCCACUUAUCUCAGUAGGAUAUUUUACCUGAACUGAGCUGGCAUGAAGGGCUGGGUCUCCUGAUGUGUGUCGGGUGGUGUGAGCAGCAUUGCGGCACCCCACCUCAGGAGUGGACUGUCUCUGCCAUCCGGAUUUCGUGAUUCCCUCUUCCCUCCCCCCUCCUCUCCUUUCCCCCUGUCCCUCCAUCCCUAUUCCCCCUCCCUCCCCCCUUUCCCCCCUCCCUUGCGGCGCUGUGCUUGAAGUCAUGAGCAUAGCAAUCGCACUGGGAGUCACCACACCUGAGACACCUUACACAGACAUGGCCGCCGGAUCAGAUCCUGAGUCAGUGGAAGCGAGCCCUGCAGUGAAUGAGAAGACAUACUCAAACCACAGCUGUGGGAGCGCACAGAAUCAUGGAUACCGGGGCCUUCCAUAUGCUAUGCAACAGUCUUCCAUUGUGUGUUGUCAGGAUCAUAACUAUGGAGCGCCACCCCCUCCUACCCCUCCUGCCUCCCCACUCUCCCAGACCAUCAUUCCCCGCUUGGAGCUCAACGGCGCCCUCAGCCGUCCCCGACCCCGUUUCCACAACAACGACCCUGACAACUCGGCCGACAGCGACAGCUCAUCAGAGGAGGAGGGUGCUGUGCCGUCAGGCUGGUGUCAGUGCCGCCUGACGUCAGAUCGCUACCUCAUAAAAUGCGAGAGCUGCAGGGGUCUGGACAGGAGGAAAGGACUGGAUGGGCAACGUCGGAAACCAGACAAUGUGUCGGUAGGAGAGAGCAGUGCUACAGAAAGUGGAGAUGAGGAAGUCUCAGCUGCCACAGUGUCGUACACAGCCACUCAGCACACACCCACCAGCAUCACCCUCACCGUUAACAGAGUUAAACGCAGCAAAGCCAAGAAGAGGAAGAAGAGCACUGAGAAAACACGAGCUGCCCCCAAGGCAAAGAAAGUCAAGGCCUUUAGAGAAGGUUCCAGAAAAUCCUUAAGGAUGAAGAACUCCACCAGUGAAGCGAGUGUGUUGGAUGAGAACACAGCUGAAGGCUGGGAGACGCGUAUCCGCCAGUGGACGGAUCAGUAUGAAGAGGCUCAGGCAAAUCAGUACAGUGCUGAUGUUCAAACACUUCUCCAACUCCAUCACUCUGCCACCAAGAGCUCGCCAAACCCAGCAGCCCUUGCAGUGGACACAAUCAACCGCACAGAGUUGGCCUGCAACAACACCGUUUUGAGCUCUCAGAUGCAGUUACAGCUGGGCCGUGUAACACGAGUGCAGAAACACAGGAAAAUCCUGCGAGCAGCACGGGACUUGGAGCCUGACACACUCAUCAUUGAGUACAGAGGCAAAGUCAUGCUUAAACAACAGUUUGAGGUCAAUGGGCAUUUCUUCAAAAAGCCCUACCCAUUUGUCUUGUUCUACUCUAAAUUUAACGAGGUGGAAAUGUGUGUAGACGCACGGACAUUUGGGAAUGAUGCUCGCUUCAUCAGGAGAUCCUGUACGCCCAAUGCUGAGGUGCGGCAUAUGAUUGCAGAUGGGAUGAUUCACCUGUGUAUUUACGCUGUUGCUCAAAUCUCCAAAGAUACCGAGGUCACAAUUGGCUUUGAUUAUGAAUUUAACAGCUGUAACUACAAGGUGGACUGUGCAUGUCAUAAAGGCAAUCAGAACUGUCCCGUGCAGAAGCAUAAUCAGAACCCAUCUGAGGCGCUUCUGCCCCCACCUCAGAACCCACUACCUACUCUGCCCGGGGCAGAGACUCGCCGAAGGCGGGCACGGCGAAAAGAAUUAGAGGGCAGCGGGCUGAUUGGAAGCGUGUCUGAUGAUAGCAAUCAGCUCCUGGAUGAACAUGGGGAGCAUGGAACUAGCGAAGCAGAGGAGGGUCUGAUCGAUGGUGUAAAGCAGGAGGAGGGCCAAGAGGAGGUAGACGAAACAGGGGCACCCAUAUCUAAUAGACGGUCUCGAGAGGAUCGAAAAGCACAGGCUAUCAUGCAUGUGUUUGAGAAUUUGGAAAGGAGGAGGAAGCGUGUAUCUCAGGGUACAGAACGUGUUGGGCUUGAUGACCUCAAACAGGAAGGGGUGGGGCCUGAAGAGGGUGGGGCCUCCUCUCCAACAGGGGCUAAUCCAGGUCAAAAUGCAGGAUUGAUGGGAGGAGUUAGCACACGCCGCACAUCUUUUGCCACAGACUCUGUGGUAUCCGUUGAGUCAGAAAAGCCUUUGUCCGCUAACCUCGUCGCUCCCAAACCUCCCCCAGCACGCCCCAAACCGCGGCCCAAGAGUCGCAUCUCCCGUAAUCGGGCGAGCUCUGCCCAGCGGGCACGUCGCCAGAGGCAGGCUCUUCUAGCACAGCAGGCAGCUGAGGCAGGAGCAGCAGGUGGAGAAGAGGGAGGCACUGCAGCUGGCACAGGCGAGUUGGGCCUCGGUGACGGAGCUCUGGGAAUUGGACAACCUCAGGAUGGAGAGAGCUGUGGAGUCUCCUCUACAGUCCUAGGAAGCAAGACAAGUGUGAGGUGUCCCAAAACAAAAAAGUACCUGGUGACAGAGUGGCUGAAUGACAAGGCCCCAGACCGUGUGGAAGAGCCAACAGAGCGACCCCUGCGCAUCACCACAGACCCCACUGUGUUAGCUACUACACUCAACAUGCUGCCAGGCCUUUCGCACUCGUCCUUCAUCUGUACCACCCCAAAACACUACAUCCGCUUCGGUUCUCCAUUCACCCCAGAGAGACGUCGCCGGCCGCUUGUCGUUGAUCCCACCUACGGCUCCUGCAAGAAAAGGUGGAUAAAACAGGCGCAGGAUGAGAGCAUGUCGUCUCUUUCCAUAGAGGAUGGAACAGAGUCCAACUCUUCACACCAAAGUAACAGCAGCAGCACAGCCUCCAGAUCUGAGCUAAUAGCACCCUUUAAAAAGAGGAAGUCGAAGUAUACGCCAGAAACGGUUGCACCACCUCCUGAACACUUGCUUCGACCUUUGUCCCCCAUCACACCGCCACUGCCAUCUGAGCCCUCUGUGAGCUUGCUGCACCCUCUGCUUUCUUCCUGCUCACUGUAUUUAGGAGCUGAGGAAGAGAGGCAGAAUGGUGCUGUGCCACCGUACUCCCCACUCCCAUCUCUUCCUGCCAGCCGGUGCAACACACCUCUGCAGUUUGAGAACAUCUCCUCUCCUGAGGCAUCGCCUGUACACAGACCAGAGUCUCUUUCUCCAGAGCCCUGUUUGCGACCAGACUUUGAUACAUCACGGAUCACCACCUUCCCUGAAACUUCCGUGACCUCUGCUAUCGGCAGUCCAGCCCCCCCAUCGGAUGACUUUCCCCUGACCGGACCCGAGUCUCUGACUGGCUCUGGAGAUGGUGUGUGUCUCACACCAGCCCCUGUAUCUAACGCCAGUGAUGCUUCAUUGGGCUCACGCUCAAAUGAGGCACAGGUUCGGGAGCAGGUCUUUAGGACAGAGUUCAACCUCAUCUACACCUGCUCUCCCCUCAAUGCCAACCUGACCACUGGUCCUGUGAAUGACCGACGGCAUUCCCAAUCAGAAGGCAGCUUCUCUCCUGCUGAAUCCUACUUCAGCUCUGUGAGUGGCCAAGGCUUAAUGACUGAGCCAGGGUCUGGUUCUUUUUCACCCUACCCUGAGCCUCAGUUUGGGAGUGGCACGCCUCCUCAUACCAGCAAUCCACCACAGAAGAAGAAGGUAUCUUUGCUGGAAUAUCGAAAAAGAAAGCAGGGAACACGGGACCCUGAGCCGCUGGGUUCUGCUGGUGGCACCGUUGGUACCCCCAUGCGCACUGGCUCUCUGUGCCAAACUGCUGAAUCCCCUGGUGCGCCGCGCUCACUCCUGCAACCACCCGCCUCCCCACACAGCUCCUUCUCCUCUCCAGCCCAUCAGCCAUUCCCACAGAUAGAGGAGGUCAGUCCUCCUGAUCUCAGCACCACCAUAGGGAAUCACUCGCAGACAUCCAGCCACUGGAUGGUGCCAACAUCAGUGGAGAGGCUCAGAGAAGGGCAGGGCGUUUUAGAGCGUGUUCUGAGGGGCAAUAUGAAGAUGGAGCGGAUCCUUAAAAGGUCGGAUGGUGGAGCUAUUGAGCAAGGUAGUAACCGAGACAAAGAUAUAGAUGGACUGGAAGAGGAUAGAUAUGCUCUCCAGAGCUCAUCUUUGGCUUCCCCUGUGAGGAGUCCUCAGAGGUACAGCCCAACUGUUCACCCACACCAGGUGCAGCCUCAUUUGGCAGAACCCGAUCUACAUCUGGAAAGCUCCACCUAUCACCAGCAGAGUAGCUCAUCUCCUUUUCAUCCCUCCUUCAGCGCCUCUCCUUCACCCUCCUCUUCAUCAGUGGUUCAGGGCUACCAUCCUUCUCGCCUGACAACACCUGCUUCUCUAGCCCAGGACGUGCUCUCCUCCUCCUCCUCCUCCUCCUCAGCCCCUCCUUCAGUGGACUCCAGGCACACAGGGGGUGCUCUACACCAUCAUAGUGGAGCAGCAGCGAUGGACCUGUCGCACCUCUACUCAGGCAGCCAUCUUAAAACCAACCUGUUAAACAGCAGCACUCUUUCAGGGUCUAUGAGUGUGUCCUCCAGAGGCCAGGUCCACUCAGACAGCUGCACUGCCAUUAGCAGCCAGGCCUCCCAUGUGUCCAGACUAGCCCAGUCAUCCACAGUGCGAAACCGAAAAGCGGCCAGCCCAGGUCCCUCAGUGCUGCAGGCCAGCUCCAGGCUUCUCUCAGCCAGUGGAGCUCAGCACUACCCACAGCGGCAUUUACAGCAGCCCCCUAUGCAGGGUUCAGGUGUACGGACGCAUUCUGGGACCUACUAGGACUGUGUGUGUGUGUGUGUGUGAGAGAGAGAGAGACCCUCAGCUAAACCUGUGGAUAUGUUCUGGGUUAGGGGAGGGGACAUGAUGUACAGACGUCAGAGGAGUAUGGACUCGGCCUCUUGUAAUUGCCUCUUACUUUCUUUAUUGUUUUCCUAUUUUUUUUUUCCCCUCUUUCACAAAAAAAUCCUGCAUUUCUGCAUUCUAUAAGAAGUCUGGCAUGGAUUUCAUUCUAAUUUUACAGUCCAUGAAAAAUAAAUAACCAGGUUGGCAUGGGAAAAAAAAGCAAGAUUUAAAUCAUGUGUAACUUUAAAUUUACCCACAUGCUUUGAAAAUAUGUUCACACAAUUUACGUGGCAGGUGAAGGAUUGAGUCAGACACCUGUGCUGAAAUCGAGCCGUGCUGAUGCUCUGCAACCAGGUUGGAGUUGUUGGAUCAGUUUGAGCGUUUGGUGCUUUUCAAUUUGCUCACUCAUUAAAUCCAGGUCAGUCUGCUAGAGCAUUUGCUGACAGCUGAAUUUUCUUCAAGCAAAGUGUGUUUAGAUUCAUUCACUUGGGUAUGUAGGUAACAUUUACUUAGUCUCUCUUCCUCUUAAUCAUUCCAUUCAGUCUGUCAACUGUCGCUAGGUUUCUAAGAUCAUCCCUUCUAGGCAUCCAUUUUUUGUAUAGACUCCUUCUGUAAUACUUGACAAACAGAUCUUAUGGUGCUGCAGUUAGCUCAGUCUUUGUUUGAACUGACUUUUGGGUUUUCUGAAACCCAGUAUCAUGUCCAGUAACAGUCUGUUCUGAUGUAUAGCGAUCAUGUGGGACUGGUUUUGUUUUUCAUUUUUUAAAAACUGGGUUCUAGUAAAUGUUGCUUUGGUGACUAGAAAUGCACAGGACUGUUUUGAGAAGUAAGCUGCAGAAAUAUUUUUUACUCCGUUAUAGGAUUUAUCCCCCUCACAGUUGUUGAAUCCUGCAGGAUUUUUUUAUUUUCAUAUUGUUGAGAAUUUAUUUUUUUCUCCCUUUGACCAAUCCUUGCAUUCCAUACACCACUCGAGGAAGGAGAAGGGGGGAGGUGUGGCUGGAUGGUUUGAUUAGGACAAAAAAAAAAGACAAAUAUAACGUGGAAAAGAUCGCUGCUGGGGUCUCAUUCUAAGUAUUUUUCAUGCAAAGUGCUGCUUUCAGACGGUUUUCUUUUAUUUUUUUAUUCUUUUUUUUUUUUUAACAGAAUGCUGUACUUUUGUCUGUCUGAUUCAUCACAAAUGGUGAGGUCACCUCGUUGUGCCAUGAUGACAGGAACUGAACAUCAAAUCUAAUGCAAUGGAUACCACUGUUGUAUCAUGGGAACUGUAGUUUUUGUCUUGAUUGUCUGUUGGGUGGACUCAAGAUGGACUAAAUUUACAGUGAUCCAGAAAUCAACUGAAACAAGUUUUUGUUUUCCUCCCUCAGUCAAAGGACCUUGCAGGAGAUGGAGAAAUGAACAGUUUCGUUUGAUCAGCUUUUGAGAUACAUAUUGACCUUUGGCAUUUUCUGCCAGAGUUCCUCCUCCCCAUUUAGGAAAAGACUCAAGGGUACUCACUGAUUUAACAUGAAUGUUUGUCUUUUCACAGAAGACUUCAAAAGAAAAAGAUUUUAUGACCAGAAAUUUACCAGCACCUUAAUUACAAAGGAAAAAAUGUUAACAAGCAAGAAAACAUUUAUGUAUGAUCAUGUGUACUUGCAUAAAAUGUGUUAUAUACUGUUCCAAGAAAAUAUAGUACACUAAAUUUG